AUGGAUUCACCUGAACUCCUCAAUCUGCUCCGAGCAUAUUCCGCUCUAGUUCCUCCUAAACUCAUCACGUUUCCUGCUGAUCUACCCUUCACUCUUGUGCACGAUUAUAUCUUAGGCUCGGUUCUGUUAAACCCCCAUCUAGCUAAACACCCCCCAUCCGCUUAUUAUCAGCAUACGUUCUGGAGAUGGGCUAUCGGUCAACUAGAGGCUCUGAUGGACGAUAGCGCAACUUCGCCUCCUCCGUCUUUCGUCACUCACUACUGGAAGUCCCCUUGGGUAGAUCGAGAGUUACAGGCCAUCACUGGAUACGACACGGCCACUCUCCUUGAGUCUCGUACGAUUAUCGAAAAUGGUACAACGGGGCUACGCACAUGGCGAGCGAGUUUUGUUUUGGCGCAAUACUUGAUCUCACACCCCGAGCUCGUAAUUAAUAAGAACGUUCUGGAGUUGGGAUCCGGGACCGGAUUCCUAGGGAUUAUAAUGGGGCGUUUGCAGAUGCUCGACGAUCAAGACAAUGAAUCAACGCUAUGGCUCACAGAUGCGCACGAGGACGUUCUCAAGAGAUGCUGCAAUAACGUCCAUCUCUCAUGUAAUAUCUCGUCUCAACACAAGAACCUUCACACCCGAGUAUUGGACUGGUCUGAUGCACUCAAUCAUCACUCCUCUAAGCCACUUCUGCAGUUUUUCCGUGAAGCUCGUCUGGACGUUGUACUUGGAGCUGACCUGGUUUAUCAUCCUGACAUCAUACCAGCGCUGGUGUCUGUGCUCCAUCUUGUGCUGACGUUGGACAUACGUCGAACGGCGACCGUGAUUCUUGCACUGACUGUACGGAACGAGGAGACAUGGCAGAUAUUUUUAUCGGCACUCGAAUUCAUCGAUCUCGCAACGGGCGACGAGAGCCCUUUCUUCCAGUUAUUCGAAGGCAUUGAUCAAGAAGUCAAGGUUAUCAAAAUAUUUGGCGAUUGA